GACGAACGAACUACCGGCGACCGUCGGGAUAAACAAAGGCGAAGCGCAACCGGGGGAGUAACGUGCCCAUAUCUAGCCAGCAGCAAACAUGGAAGGAUGUGGAACAAAACCAUCUUCAGGUCUUCAAAAUUAUCGAAUACCAAAGAAGGUAUCAAACACACAGUCAGAAGAUGCCCAUUUUCAGUCCCCGUUGUCCAGACUCGGAGACACUCACCAGAGGGAACAUCCAUUACAAGGGCGGACAUCAAUACAAAGAAAUAAGUACAGAAGAGAAGACACUCGGAAGAGAAAAAGACACUGGGGGAAAUGUUACAUCGACGAUGAAGGGCAACCCAAAGUUACCUUGACGAAUGUCCUGAAGACGGAAAUAGGAAGAAAGUACAUAAAGACACAGCUUAUAACUGAUGCUAAUUUAUCUCAUGGUGUCAAGUUGCAGUCAGAUCAACAAACCUCAUCGUCUGUUGACACUGUAGAGAUAUGGCAAAUCUUAAGCCCUCUUCACCAAAGCCUUUUUAUAUCUAAAAGGCAACCCAAAGUUACCUUGACGAAUAUUCUGAGGACGAAAGCAGGAAGAAAAUAUAUGCAAAGACAUCUUUUAACUGAUGCUAAUCUAUCUGAUGCUAACAAGUUGCAAUCAGAUGAACAGCCCUCGUCAUCUUUUGCCAGCCUAGAAUCAUGUCAAAAAAUAAGCUCUCAACAAUGCCGUAUUUUAUCUAAAAGGUAUCAAAGAAGGCCAAAUGACCAGAAGCCAUCUAGAGAUGCACAAAAUAAUAAUGCUUUGCUGACUCUAAGAAGAUGUGAUGUGGUGCUAGAAGACUGCAGCAUAAAGAAUAAAGAAGGAGAUCGUCCAGAAAAAGAAAGAAAAGAUCCCAAGAAUACUUCUCCUGGUUUGAGGGAGGCAAGCUUUCAAAAUAGUGAGAGCAGAAAAACAAGGCGUGAUGUUUUUCCAAAUCAGCGGAAUGCAUAUUCUCCACAAAAAUCACCACUGGCAAGCGAAGAACAGAGGAUAGAACCAAUUCAAUCACCUGGCUGGAGAGGCUCAAAUGAAAAUCGGCAGAGUCAUCAGCACAACCCUCAGCAGGAAAAUAUUCCCCAGCCUUUGGAAUCGGAUUGCAGUGAAACAUUCAUCCCCACUAAACAAGACACUGCCGUAAGCUGUCCAGGUGAAAACAGCUCAAACUCUUCUCCCAGGAGAAAGCAGCAUUCUGCCACCAAUAAGGCCGAGCAGAUUUCACCGCUAACCAGCUCUGGUAGGAAGCAGAAAAUGCAUAUAAUUCUGCGCCUGAAAGAGCCGUUGAAUAGAUCAGAAAGAAAUAAGGAGACAGACGAUUCAACUGAGCCAAUUGUUCUUUCUAGUGAUGAAGAAGAGGGAAGUACUGAAACAAAAGAUCCAGAGAGAGAUUUCCAGACUGGAAAAGGCCAUAAACUUAAGGAGAAGAAGAAGAAAGAACAAGAGUCUGCACUACCUUUAUCAAAAGAGUUAUUGCAUGGUGUAACUGAAAGCAAAACUGAACAACUUUCAACUGAAUCGCUUACACUUCACUCCUCUGCAGACUGUAGUGCCUUCAGUGAAGAGAUGGAUCUUGCCUUGGAUAUAAAAUCUGAAAUGCUAUAUAUUGGGAAAUAUAAAGGAACAGCAACAGGUUGUGUCCGAUUUACAGCCAAGUACAUUAAGAUUCCGUUUGAAGUGACUCUUAAUAAGAAAAUGGAACUAUCUGUGGAUUCAAUGCACUUAAGGAGGUAUGGACUAUGGACGAAUAAUGAGUCCUCAACUUCGGGGAGUAAUGCUACCAUUUUUCUUUGGCUGUCAUCAAAUUAUGCCAAACAAAUUGAAAAACAGCUAGGAACAUCUAUAUUAAAUAAGCAAGCUAAGAGCAUUACAUUCAUUUUUAUCAAGCUUUCUCAGCCUCUCACAGAAGAGGAGCAGAACAUGCUGAACAAGAUAAUUCUGGAAGUGAGCAAAACGAAUAUGUCUCCAGACCUCACUGACUCCUUACCUUGGGAGCAAGCCAUUAAAGAAGUCUCCUGUGAAGAAAGCACCUUCAUGGACGAUUGCUAUGAGUCAUUUCAGAAGUUGUUACAGAAGGACAGUGCAUCACUUCUGACUGAGCCACCGCCCCAGGAAUCAAAAUCAAGCCUCACCAAGCCCAAUUACACUUUACUGCGGAGACAAAGUAGUGGUCAAUACUCCUUUUCUAUAUGUUCGACACAAAAGAAUGAAUGGAAAGAGUUGAGAGAAACCAAAGGACCUAUUCGGAACUUGAUUGUUUACCCUCCACCACCUGCCAAAGGGGGGCUAGGCGUCACAAAAGAGGAUCUGGUAUGUUUAGAAUAUGGUGAAUUCCUCAAUGAUGUGAUCAUUGACUUUUACCUCAAGUACCUAUUACUGGAAAAAGCUCCCAAAGAACUUGCUGACCGUUCACACAUAUUUAGCAGUUUCUUCUAUAAGUGCCUGACCAGGACAGAGAAGAACUCUGAAGAAAAUCCAAACCUUUCAAUAGCAGAAAGAAGACACGGAAGAGUAAAAAGGUGGACUCGACAAACAAACAUUUUUAAUAAAGACUAUAUCUUUGUGCCUGUGAAUGAAGAGUCUCAUUGGUACAUUGCAGUCAUCUGCUUCCCUUGGCUAGAAGAAGUUGUAUACGAGGAUAGUCAGGAUCAGUCUUGUCCACAAUCAGGCUUCCAGCAAUUUCCAUGUCGGCCAGAAAUUAAAAGCAAGACUGCUAGAACAGAAACUGUUUUAGUCUUUAAUGAUGCCCAGAAUGAUAAAGAGGACCUAGAAAUAAAUAGCAGCCUGCAGUCCAAAGAUAAUGUUCAACCAGGAACUGUAUCUCCAGGAUUGGAUUCCAAAACUCCUAAAUUUGUGAAUGUUUUUCAGAGUUUCUCAAGCACUUUUAAAAGCAAGAAAGUUUGUAAAAGGCCAUGUAUCCUCAUCUUAGAUUCUCUAAAGGCAACUUCUGUACAGAAUACAGUUCAGGUCUUGAGAGAAUAUCUAGAAGCAGAAUGGGAAGCAAAGUGCAAAACAUGUCGGGAGUUCAACAAAACAACGAUGGUGGAUUUCUGUCCGAGAGUCCCGAAACAGGAUAACAAUAGUGAUUGUGGAGUGUAUUUACUGCAAUAUGUGGAAACUUUCUUCCAGAAUCCUGUUGUUAACUUUGAACUUCCAAUGCACUUGGAGCGCUGGUUCCCUCGCCAUGUGGUGAGAAGCAAGCGAGAAGAAAUUAGAGACUUGAUCUUGCAACUUCACUUGCAGCAGCAGAGUGGCAGCAAAAGCUAGCCAGACUUUUCUUCUGAUCUUCCAGACAAAGACUUUGGUCCAGAAGUAUUAGAAAUCCAAUCAGCAGCAUCUGUGCUUUCAGUCUGGCAAAGAGGAAAAACUCAACUUAACGUUGCGCUUCUAUGUUUAUCCUGGGGUUUUGUAUUUGAUUUGUAUUUCAGGACAUUGUGGGGAAAUGGAGGUAUAUAAAUUUCAAUUAUGUAAUUUAAAGUAAAUAUUUGUGGCACUGUGUAAUUUGAUUUUAAUUUGGGGAAACAGAAGCAUCAUAACAGGAAUGUGCUGCAAAGAUGCGAAAACAUUUCACCCCUAAAAGGUUCAUUUCCAUCUUUCCAAGCACAUCUGGGUCUGGGGGAGCUGAGCCCGCAUGGACGCUUCCCAUGUGAUGUUCCAAAGCUAAACUGAGUGUGCUUGCAGAAAACUCCCUUGUUGUGAAAAAGAUGUAUAAUUCUAGCUACCUUGGUUAAGACAAAUGCUACUGAUCUGCUUCUUGAUUCUUGGGGUAUAUUGGUCUUUCUCAAAGUUAACAUGCAUAAAAACAUUUUACAUUACAUUUUUAAAACUCAAGAACAGAAUGUCAAACCUUGCCUGAAAUUUAGAAAUAUAAGUGGGAGUGAGGGUGUCAUUUUUUCCCAUGGGUAACUGGAUCACGUAGUCCAGAUUGCAGAUUCAGGGCCCUAAUCUCUUUCUGCUAUGCAGCACUUGUUUUAUGGUAUGAAUACUAUGUAUUUUAAUAUAUAUUGAUAUAAGGCCAGAUGGUCUUCACUGUACUGGAUACAGUUGUAGCUUACAUCUGGAAAGAUAUCACCCUGGUGAAAAUUGCUUUAUUUGUUUUAAUCAUGAUAUUUAUUUUGGGGAGGGGAGCAAUGUAAUUAUUAGGCACUUUGACUGUAACCCUAUGCUCAAGCUGGGAGUAAGCCUUGUUGAACACGCUGAAGUCGCAUUGCAGUUAAUAAUGUAACCCAAUUUUACAGAGAGAAUUUUUUUCUUCUUAAAACAAAGUACUACCACUUUACUCAAGACUUAAAAUGUUUAGGCAAAAUGUGUCUUGAAAAGCUGAACACACGUAAUUUUCCUAAGUAUUUAUACUUGAGGCUAAAGCUAUUCAUGGAAGAGGUUCAACUGAAGUAAAUCUCCAUGGUGUGAAGAAGUAGUCACAUUUUUAAAUGUGGGUUGGUUUUGUAUUUGAUAAGGUAGAAGCACUGACUGAAUAAAUAUAGAUAUUUUUUCAGA